AUUUUAAGACCUUAUAUCUUUACAAUUAACUUCCUUCGCUCCCCGUGGUCUUUCGUACAUGCUGGUUCGAAGCCUUCAGAUUGCACUGUCGGGUAUAGAGGUAGUUACAGCAAUUGUGUUCGCUUUCAAAGACGAUUUCUAAUGCUUUAGCAGAAAGGAAUUCAGUUGUGAGACGGUGGGAUUUUUCUACCUCGGGGUAGUGUAAAAGAUGGCAGCUUCCUGCUUUUCCAUGGCAACUACCCACAAACUGCCCCCUUCAUUAGAAUCAUUGGCAGCAGCAGCAACGGGAGGGGGUCUUACUGUUUCACCAUGUGUGAAGGGUCACCCUAGUUUCAGUGUGGCAAUGCUGACAAAACCCAGAGCAACAGUAGCAGUCUCUUAUGCCCUUCGUGGGUUGUCCUGCAUUAUCCCUGUUAUGGGCAACAAAAGUAGGAGUUUUCUCAGAUCUGCUACAGCGUGGUCAGAGGGAGUUCCAUCAACGGAAGUUAUAGAUGAGGAGGAAGGUAAGGGCUUUGUAUCAGAAGAACUCUCAGAUGGAGAAGUUUUAGAGUCAGAAGAGACGGAAGGAAGUUUUGAAGCUUCUGGACAGGACCAUACAGAGCAAGGGAGUGAGAGCGAGGGCUCAUACGAGCAGAUUGACUCUCCAAUUCCUGAAGGUACUAAGUUGUAUGUGGGUAAUAUUCCCUUUGACAUUACCAGUGAAGAGUUGGCUAGAAUCUUCGAGGAGAGUGGGGUUGUCGAGAUGGUGGAGGUAAUUUAUGAUAAAGCUACUGAAAGAAGCCGAGGAUUUGCUUUUGUUACAAUGAGCACUGUGGAAGAAGCAGAAGCAGCCAUUCAAAAGUUUAAUGGCUCUGAAGUAGGUGGCCGUUUUUUGCGAGUAAACUUUCCAGAGGUUCCUAGAGGAAGUAGUAGAAGUCCAAGGCCAAGGCCACGUUUUUAUACCAGCAACUUUGUUGACAGUCCACAUAAGGUUUAUGUUGGCAAUCUUCCAUUUAGCAUAACUGCAGACACUCUUAGAAGUGCAUUUGAAAGAGUAGGGAAUGUGUUAGGUGCAAGAGUUGUAUUUGACCGUGAAACAGGAAGGUCUCGAGGGUUUGGAUUUGUUACUUUCUCCACAGAAGCUGAUAUUGAUGCUGCCAUAUCCUCGAUGAAUGGAGUGGAUUUGGAAGGCAGAUCUAUACGAGUGAGUAUAGCAUUAUCUAGGUCAAUCCAAACUGAAGUUUGAACCUGUGGAUUGACAUUGCAAAAUGAGUGAAAGGAUGAUCGAUUUCUUAGUGGUUUAUGAUUAUAAGGGCUAUGCUAGUGAUUAGUUUCUACCUUCCAGUCAAAAAGGCCAUCUAUCUUAUUUGGAGAAUAGAAGCUCAGCAUCGUAUCUGUCCUUGUGAUUGUCCAAGGGCACACAAAUGCAAGUUCUGAUUGGUAUGGAUCAAAUAGAUUUGUCCAUCAUAUCAGUUAUGUCUUAUCUACAAAUGAGAAGUUGAAUAGUCCUGGAACACAUCUUUUCAUUGGAAGUCAUAUUUAAGGAACUGGUGAUGCAAAUGUUGGGCUGGCUGAUUUAAAUGGUUGAAUUGUUUCUGAUGAUAAUGACCAUUACUUGAGCAUUAAGAGUUUUUGUCUUUAGCUUCUGUUUAGUUCAUUAGAGUGCAAUAGAUUCAUAGAAUAAUUCUUAUGCACUCUGCUGGGUGUAUACUCCUUCCUCCUUCCAUCUCUCCAUGGUAUUGUGUUUAGUUGUUAUUAUGACACAGCAGUAUACAUAAACAUAAACAUUUGCUAGUUGUGCUUUUCCCGUUAGCUUGUAAUAUAUAUCAUUGUGCUUUGCAGUAUUCA